AUGGCUCUUAACACUAGCUUGAGAUGUUUGGCAAUGGUUGCCCUUGCAUUUUUCGUUACAGUGCAAGGAACUCUUGGGGCGAUAGAAUGCGAGCGUUUGGAUGAGGACACGUGUGCGUUUGCGGUGUCGUGGGAGGGCAAACGGUGCGUAUUGGAGAAGCGUGUGAAGAGGAGCGGGGAAGAAGCUUACACGUGCAGGACUUCAGAGAUCGAAACAGAAACGCAAACGGGGCACAUUGAAACAGAUGAAUGCAUAAAGGGUUGUGGUUUGAACAGAAAAUCCUUCGGAAUCUCUUCAGACUCUCUUCUUGAAUCUGGGUUCACGCAAAACCUCUGCUCCCCUCACUGCUACGAAACCUGCCCCAACAUCGUUGAUCUCUUCUUCAACCUUGCAGCUGGUGAAGGUGUGUUUCUUCCGAAACUGUGUGCAUCACAAGGUCGUAGAGAAAUGGCUGAGAUCAAAAGCUCCGGUAUAGUAGCACCAGGACCAGUGAACUCUCUGCAAUUCACUGCAACUCCUCCACAACCUUUCGAUGCUGUGGAACUCGCUCAUGAACCUGCGCUUGCACCAUUCCUGCAGUACUAA